UAGUAGCUGACUUCAGUGUGGUAGCAACACGUGUUAAGCAAAAAUAAUUCUAUUUUCGUUAAAUUGUUAAAUAAAAACGAUAAAAACAAUAAAAAAUUUUUAAAAUGACACAAGUACCAGAGAUUAUUUGUGUACCCGGGCAAAGAUUAUCUGUAGCUGAUAAGGAAAAUUUACCAGGAUCAGGAACUUACGAACAGCUUGGUUAUAUUUAUUCGAAAUUAGCUGGAUUUGUUAAAGUAAUUAAAGAGAAGGAAAUAAAUAGAAUCGAAGUACACACAGUAAUGGAACAGAGUAUUGUUCCUGCUCCUGGAGAUAUUGUCACGGCAAUGAUAACACUCGUUAAUCAAAGAUUGUGUAAAUGUACAAUAAAAUGCAUUGGUGAUGUGGUUUUGACGAGGCCCUAUCGGGGCGUUUUACGUCGAGACGAUGUGAAAGCAACCGAAAAGGACAAAAUCGAAAUGUACAAAUCAUUUCGACCUGGUGACAUCAUUUUAGCUCGAGUUUUACCAAUGACGGAGGCACAUAAUUAUCAACUGAGUACAGCGGAAAAUGAAUUGGGUGUUGUUAUAGCUCACAGUGAAGAAGGUGUUUCAAUGAUACCAGUUAGUUGGACAGAGAUGCAGUGUCCAAAAACAUUAGUAAAAGAAUUUCGUAAAGUAGCAAAAGUGAUACCCGAAGACGUGGUCAAUGAAAUGUAA